CCCAUUUCACCCCCUUCUUUGGGGCACCAAGCCAGCCACGCGCUCCCUGGUCCCACCCACGGGGCCAGAUGCCAAGGGCAGGGCUGGGUGAACGUGGUGAUGCGAUGGGGAUGAACUGAGCUGAGUUGGUUUGUCAAAAAGGAAGGAAGGAGGAGGAGGAGGUGGUGGUGGCAAGAGGGCGAGGGGGUGAAGUCAGAAGAGGAAAGUUGAGGCGCAAGAAGAGCCGAUCCCGAAAAAGAGACCCCAGGAAACAUCCAGGUGUCAAAAUGGGUUUCCUCCUCUUUGCAGUCACAGCCCUCCAUGUCCUGAUUCUCAUCUUACUCUUUGUAGCCACAUUGGACAAGUCAUGGUGGGUCCUCCCGGAUAAAGAAACAGUUAACAUCUGGUAUGAUUGCGUCUUGAACGACACCACACACACUUGGCGUUGUUACUCAGUGUCUGAAAGUGCAUGGCUUCAAGCAGUCCAAGCCUUCAUGGUUUUAAGUCUUCUCUUCUCCAGUUUUGCCUUCAUUAUCUUCAUGUGUCAGCUCUACACCAUGAAGCGAGGAAGUCUGUUUUACGCCACUGGAGUCUUCCAGAUCCUAACUGCUAUCUCCGUGUUCACUGCCGCCGUGAUCUACACUGUUCAUGUGGAUGAGUUCCAGCAUAGACGGAUGCCAGGAGGCUCCUUUGGCUACUGUUUUGUGCUGGCGUGGCUCUCCUUCCCCUUGGCAAUGAUCAGCGGAAUCAUUUACAUCCACCUUCGAAAGAAGGAGUGACCCUCAAUAGGGAGAUCUCUCCGUUUGCCUUGAAAAAGGGUCCCAUUCUCCUCUGAAUUUCGCUGUCUUAACUCUUUUGCUGUUUCCAAAGGCAAUCAUGGUACAAAAUCCUACACGAUCCACUGGGGCUGUUGCACUGUGAGUGAAUCACCUCUGCUCUUUGUGCUAUCAUGUACUUCACAUGAUAGGGCAAGUUAAAGGUGUGCCACCUUACACUGGGCAUUUCCCUGGUCUUUUGAGAUAUUUGCAUGCAUUGUGCAUGCGAAUUGUUUGCUGGCAGAAUGAAGUGCCAUGGUAUUCAGGGAACAUGUCUCUGGUGUUCUCCAGCUAGAAAUGGUUGCUUUGUCCCUUUAAAAAAAUUAUAUACAUGAGAAUAGAGAACCAACUUUUGUUUUUCCAAAUUUUUCAUUUUUUAAAUAAAAUUAUAUUUUGCAGUGUGGCCAAGAAUCAACCUUUACCUUUAACACUUACUUUUAAAAGACGAAUGUGUAGGUUAUGUGGAUCUAUUUCCAAAACAUUUAUUUUCAAUUAGUCGAACAUAAGCUUGUUUUAAAAGGGGGGGAUGCUAUCAUGUUUUUAAUGCAUUUGAAACUCAGAUGCGGAAAGAUCAGGUGGGAUGAGAUGUAGGAAAUUGAUGAAUUCUAAUAGAAAGCCCUGAAAUCAUGUACAUUUUGGAGGAGCAAUGAAGGUAGAAAAUGAGUAUGUUUUGUGCACAGCAGAACUCAAAAAUCUCGUGAACUCAAAAUCUGAAGCGACUAUCUCAACUGUUGAAAUGAAUGUGAAGAUAAAACAGUUCAAAUUUGGCUGUAGAAAUUACUCAUAACAUUGAGUUUCAUUUUCAUUAAGGGUGUUUUGAAAUUACACACACUUUGAAAACAACAGCAGCAGUUUAGGUGUUAACUUGACAUGUUGCACGGGUGAUAAGCUUUGCAAAUACAUAUUUGCUCACUGAAGGAACCACGAUUAUCUGUAAUUCUUUGUUUACUGACCCCUCAAAUGGCAAAUCUGUUAGCUUUGGUGUAAUGUGUGAAAUAGCCCCGAGAAAAAUAUUCUGGUCAUGUGCAUUUUGUUAGAACAAAGACAUAGGCGACAACCAUCAUAGCUCCCUUCCCAUCUCGCAUUCCAACUUAAGUGUCUUCCUACUAUUUCUCGCCAAGUAUGAGUCUAUGGUUUUACUAACUUCUAAAUCAGUGGUUCUCAACCUGUGGGUCCCCAGAUGUUUGGGCCUUCAGCUCCCAGAAAUCCUAACAGCUGGUUACCUGGCUGGGAUUUCUGGGAGUUAGGCCAAAACACUUGGGGGUCCACAGGUUGAGAACCACUGUACUAAAAUGAUAGUAUGGGCUGGGGAAAUGAAGCGAAUCAUUUCAGCUUCACUUCUAAAACUGGGGAGAUCCUGCCUGCCUCCUUUUACAGACAUCCUCAAUACGAUGGCUUCCUGAGAUGUUGGAGUACAUCUCCCAUUAUCUCUUAAGAGUUGUAGUCUGAUACAACUGGAGAGCACCACGUUGGGCAAGCCUGCCCUGCUAAUUGCACAAACAGUUGUAAUUAGAAUAGAUUUUGGUCUUCCUGUUGCCUUAAAUGGGCAGUUUGCUUCCUAGUUUCAGAAAACGGGUUCCUUUCAUGACAUAUCUAUAACCGAAAUCAGUAUUGUACGUCCUGACCUCCCCGUGUCCCCUUUUAUCUUCUCAAUGUGGCCUUUUUAUAUUUUAUAUGCAUUUUAAGAAUAAAAGUAAUUAUAAAUCAA